GCUGUCAAUAUUUGACUUCACCCAUGGCCGACACUCCCCCUUCACAUUAGUAUAAAAGGAAGAUUUCUAUAGACACAUUCAAGAUCAAAGACACUCUUCGCCCCUUCUGGAUUAGACUGGCAUCUUUGACUUUCUGUUGCUAUGGCAACAAAAUGGGGUAUCUGUGCUGCAGGAAAAAUAUGCAAUGACUUCUUAGUAGCAUUGCAGACUCUGCCAGCAGAGGAUCAUCAGGCUGUAGCUGUGGCAUCAAGAGAUUUGAAACGAGCAAAAGACUUCGCUCGAACUCAUAACAUUCACAAAGUCUAUGGUUCUUAUGAAGAGCUUGCCAAAGAUCCCAACAUUGAUGUUAUCUAUGUUGGCGUCCUCCAUACAGUCCAUCUAGAUGUAGUUCUAAUGUUCAUGGAGAACAGAAAAAAUGUGGUAUGUGAAAAGCCACUGGCCAUGAACUCUGCAGAAGUCAAGGAACUCACCUCGGCUGCUCGGCAAAAUAAUGUAUUUUUUAUGGAGGCUAUGUGGAGCCGUUUCUUUCCGGUGUAUGAGCAAAUCCGCACACUCUUAUCUCAGAAGGCAAUUGGAGAUGUGAAAGUUUUAAGGGCAGAAUUUGGUUCCAACCAGUAUCAUGUACCACGGGCGGUGCAGAAGGAGCUUGGAGGUGGUGCUCUCCUUGACAUUGGGUGUUAUUGUAUUCAGUUUGCAUUAAUGGUAUUUAACGGGGAACGGCCAGAGUCUAUCACAGCAAAAGGCUUUCUUUAUGAGACUGGAGUCGAUGAAACUGUAACCAUAAUCCUUCAAUAUCCUGGGAAACGUCAGGCCAUUCUCACUUCUACCAUCAUGGUCGCAAUGCCAAAUCAGGCUGCCAUAUGUGGCUCUAAAGGAAUGAUACAGGUUCCGUCAUGCAUGUGGUGCCCAACGUCCAUCAUCGUCAAUGGAAAAGAAACUAAAUACUCUCUCCCUCCUUCUACAAAAGCCAUGCAUUUUACCAACAGCACAGGGCUGAGUUAUGAAGCAGAACAUGUGCGUCAAUGCCUAUUGAAAGGAUUGAAGCAAAGUCCACUCAUGACUUGGGCAGACAGUGAGCUCUUGGCCAGCAUCAUGGAAGACGUUCGCACACAACUCGGAGUUACAUUCCCUCAGGACAGAACUUGACUCGCAAGGAAAAAUGUACCAAUUUCAAUAUAUUAGAGAAAUGUAUGGAUUGGUUUUUAAAGGGGAAGUGCCACCAAACAAACAGUUUUAAUAUUUUAUUUACCUAUCCCCUAUAUUUAAAAAUAUACCUUUAUGAAGUCUGAAAAAUAAAAUGAAAUCUAG